AUGAAGGUUCUGCCAUUCCUCUUCGCGUCUCUGGCUUUGGGCCUCGGCGCGAAUGCCCAGUACUUUUCAGAGGGAUGGAAACCUGGUCAGCCUGUCACUCGUGAGGCUUAUCCCACUGGUAUACGAACGCCUGUGCACCAGCCGCAAGCUACACCAACCAGCGAAGCCUCUCAGUUCAAGCUGACUGACCUUCUCACGUCCGGCCCAGUGGGCUCCUUGAUGAACAAGGCCGGAAUCAACAUCACCGAGAAGUUGGAGAAGGCCAAAGCGGAGGCGGAGGUAGAAAUAUGGGACACCCGCAUACCAUUAAUCACGGACGACAGUUAUGACGAACUUAUUGUGAAUGAGUCUCUUACCCCAGAGGAAGAGGCUGAAAGGGUCUGGUUCAUUAUUAUCACGGCUAGCAAAGGCGGGAAGAAUGUCUUUUCACUCAAGACUGAUGAAGAGUUUGAUGAGGCAUACAACCGGACUUUGAUUGAGGGAGACUUGCCUAACGUCCGCUGGGCACGCAUGGACUAUUUGAAUGUCACCUACAUUACUACAAAGUGGGCAAUCUGGCAGGCGCCAUACUUUGUUGUUGCGACGAAUCGUGGUCAUGACUUACGUUUCUACAAGGCAAACAGCGUCAAAGUAGACUCUGAUGUCAUGCGCGAAUUCUUGCGGGAGGAAGGGUGGCGAGCCAACGAACCCUGGACUGGUCCAUUGGCCCCCGGAGGAGACCUCGAGCAUGUCAUGCAUUAUUUCGGUGUCACCCUUAAGCAAAUUUAUGAAUUCCUGCUCAUCUUCCCGAGAUGGCUCCUCAUGAUUGCUUCUGGUAUCGUUGGAAAUAUGGUUCUCAAAUUCCUGCAUUCGAACAAAUCCGUCAAAAGUCCAGCUAAGCCAGCAGCUUCGCUGUCUGCCACGAUGACAAAAACGGAAGUUGCGGCAACACCAGCACAAGCCAAUGGAACACCUACGAGAGGAAAAGCAAAACAGCGCAAGAAUGCGAAGAAGUAA